AUGUUUAAAUCCGCUCAUGGAAAACUAAUGACUGUUGUUAAAGUUAAAUUAAAUUCAUUGGUGGAUUUGAUCCUCAGACAUUUUGCACCACGUAAUGUAUCCCAGAAAAAGCCAAAAGGACGGUCUUUGUACUCCAUAGAAUUCAGUCCUCAAUAUGAAGGAAGACAAGGUGAUAGUGACAGUGCUGAUUAUGAUCAUGAUCAUAUUCCUCACGCUGUUUCUCCAAAACCGAUGACUCCACGGAGAGUUAAAAGACGUAGUGUAAUGCAAAGGGGUUCCAGUGGACGUUAUAGUACGAAUAGUAGACGACAUUCUACUGCUAGGUCUUCAACACGAAGCUCACGAAGAACCGCACAAAAUCCUGUUACAAAACUUUUAGAACAGCAGGAGAAAGUACAAGCAUACGGUAAUCCAACAAAUCAGUCUCAAACGGAAGCUCUUCCUAGUUAUUUUAGUGUAUCGAAUAAUAAUUUAUGGAAAAACAAUGGGCAUACUAAUCCCACUUAUCAGCAGUCAUCAGUGCAGUCCUUAAAUGAAUCUGAUGAUUUCGAUGAACUGUAUAACAAUAGACCUGCUUCUGUUAGGUCAAGUUAUUCUAAUUUUCAUGGCACAAGAGUUUUAAAUAAUUCUGGGCCACAAAUGUUUAAUAAUCACGCAACUGCUCAAGUUCCUCAGAAACGAAACAAUCCUAAUCGACAAAGCUUGCGUUCAAAGUUAUUUCUAAGUAAUGGACCUCCUGCAUAUAAUGCUCAAGGUUCUGUUGAUUCGGAAACAACUUUUUAAAUUUAGAAAUCUUAUUUUGAUUGAUGGACAUAAUAUUAUUUAUUUAGUUGUAAUAGUUUAAU